AUGAUUCAUUUCAAAGAUAAUAAAAACAAAUCAGCUCUUAGCACAAGAUGGGCUCAAAUGUCGAAACAGGAGCAGAUUAUAGAGAGGAAGAAAAUGGAGAUACAGGCUAAAUUGGAGGCUCAAAAGCAAGCUGCGGCGCUUGCCGCUCAAGCAAAACUAUCAAAUCCUACCCAAAAAGAUGAUAAGGGCUCGGUCAACAUUUUCUCCAAUGAUGGCAGUUUCAUGAACCAAUUCAAGGCCUUGCUUGAAAAACAGAAGCAAGACAAGCAGGAGAAAGAAGAACAGGAUAAGAAUCAUAGUGAUGAUGAAUCAAAACCGUCAGUUAAGCAUGAGAGUAAAGAUCAAUCCUCUACUGACGAUCCAUAUGAAAGAGAACAUUAUGGGCAAGGCAUUGAUGAACGACGCAAGUCUGGGGAUAGAGGACAAAGGCCAAAACAUCAUAGAUGGAACGAUAGAGGUCGUCCUCGUCCCCACAGUCCUAUAACACCAGUUGUGGAAGACAGAAAGAAGCUUGUGGACAACAAAAAUCCUCAUAACAUCCCUCCCCUUAUGCAAAUCCCUGUUAUGCCACCAAAUAGUCAAUCUUUAGAUUCUGACCGUAACCAAUGGCUAGGCUCUAAGUCUGAUGAAGAUCCUGAUUCCAGUAAUGAAAUGGGUCCUAAUAUGGGACCUGGGCCAAUGGGACCAGGGCCAAUGCCUCCGGGUAUUAUGGGUCCCAGUCUAAUGGGACCUGGUCCUGGACCUGGUAUGGGGCCAGGUCCAAAUAUGGGCCCUGGUCCUAAUAUGGGACCUGGUCCUAAUAUGGGCCCAGGGCCUGGCAUGGGACCUGGCCCCAAUAUGGGCCCUGGAGGUAAUGGGCCCGGACCUAAUAUGGGCCAUGGUCCAAAUAUGGGUCCAGGGCCUAAUAUGGGUCCCCGACCAGGAAUGGGGCCAGGACCGAUGAUGGGGCCUAGGGGCCCUAUGCCUCCAAUGCCACCUGGUGGUCCUAUGCCUCCAUUCAUGGGUGGACCUCCUAAUUUUCCUAUGCCGCCUAAUUUCAUGGGUCCAAAUGGCCCAGGGCCUUGUGGUCCAAUGCCGCCUAACAUGUGUGGUCCCAAUAUGGGUCCUGGUGGCCCAGGUCCAAAUGGUCCGAUGCCUCCAUUCUUUGGUCCGCCUUUCCCAAAUAUGAUGGGUCCAAAUGGGCCGCCUAAUUCCAUGAUGCCUCCUAAUUCUAUGAAUAACAAUAUGCCUUUCAUGGGUGGCCGUCCACCUUUCGGGCCGAAUGGUCCUCCAAACUUUGGUAAUGGUAAUGGUCCUCCAAUGCCACCAUUUAUGCCUCCUAAUAUGCCUCCAAACAUGCACCACCCUGAUUCCAAAUCUAUGGAUGGUCCACCGAUGAAACCAGAUGGAAUGCCAUUGCCUCCACCUAUGCCACUUGGACUUUUGGGCAACCCUAAAGAUAUGGACAACUCUGGACCUCCAUUUAAACCAUCGCAAGUUCUCUCUGCAGAUUCGUUGCCGCCGUCAGUCCUGCGAGCCGCCAGCGAAGUCGCCUGCAACGGCGACCACUGGGAAAAUGUCCUGAAAGCAAUUCACUCACAAGACCAAAAUUUGUGGUUCCUUCACAACACUAAUUCGAACGAGUAUAAGGCGUUUAGAGAUCUAGUUGCUAAGAUCAGGGGUGAAAGAGGUGACAAGAAACCUGAAGUGAAACCUGAAGACAAAUAUGAACCGGAGUUCAGUUUGGAAGAUGAUGACAGUAAUGAUGAUUACAGAUUUAAUAAUAAAGAUGAUAGCCGGGAUAGUACUAAAGAGGGAUUUGGCUUCGGUCAGUCCUACAAACGGGAACAACCGAGCUCGCAGAGUGAUGAGGAAUCUGACAGUAAAAGGGAAAGGAGGAAGAAGAAGAAAUCCAGGUGGAGUGAUGAUCCUCCUGCAGCUGAUAUUAAACCACCAGGGGUCGUGGCUCCACUACCACCUAUGGCGCCAGGAGCAAAAUUGGCUAAAAUAGAUGAGGAGGGCAUAAAACUGAGUACAGUGAACCGCAACAAUCAGGCGCUGAUGCAGUAUGCCUUGACAAACUAUGGUACUACCAAUCUCAGUGCUGAGGACUGGAAGAAGUGCGAGGAUAAUUUUAAACUUAAUCUUUUAUAUCAGGACAUGUUAAAGAAAAGGCAAGAGGUGGAACGCCUGGCGGCUGCUGGCAAGUAUAAGUACGAAUAUGACAGCGACGAGGACACGGCUGAAGGUACCUGGGAACAUAAGUUAAGAGCAAAAGAAAUGAAUGCAACAGAGAAGUGGGCGGAUGAGCUAACAAAGCAGGCGGCUGGAAAACAUCACAUUGGCGAUUUCUUACCGCCAGAGGAACUAAGAAAGUUCAUGGAGAAAUAUUCAGCAUUCAAAAGUGGCAAGGAGCCAGAUUUGAGUGACUACAAAGAAUUCAAGUUGAAGGAAGACAAUGUCGGUUUCAAAAUGCUACAAAAACUGGGUUGGACUGAAGGGCAGGGCUUGGGCGCUGAGGGAUCGGGCAUCGUUGAACCUAUUAACAAAGCAAAUCAGCCCGUAGCCAACCUCGGUUUGGGAGCUUCGACAUCAGACGUAGUAUCAGCGGAGGACGAUGAAUUUGACGCUUAUCGGAAACGAAUGAUGCUCGCCUAUAGGUUUAGACCUAAUCCUUUGAAUAACCCGAGAAGACCGUACUAUUAA